UAGGGUUUGUUGCAGGGUAGGCUGUAGCUGUGUGCCGACGUCUCGUCUACUCUCACAUUGAUGUGGAUCACGAGCGGAUUAAAACAGAACAGCCGUGUUUUCAACCACAAAUCAAAAUGCCGUUCGGGUGGAGAAGAAAGGAUCAAAUGCCCUUUAAACACAUAGCUCAUGGUUUGGUUCCUGCGGCCACAAUAGCUCCCAGAGCUGCCGUUCCCCGCACCCCUCCACCACGUAGCCCAGAGCCUUCUCCAGAGAGACCAAGGUCAGCAUUGGCAGCAGUAAUUUUAACUUCGUGCCUGACUGGUCGUACAGUUGCCAUUCCUCAGCGGCAUUUGACAGGACUUCGUCAAAGAUCUUAUUCUGAAAGUGAUGGCACAUUUUCAGAGCAACAAAGCCUUCUUGAACCUUAUGCCACUGUGGCUGAUCUGCAGUUAAGGAAUGAAUGGCAAAGUCCUGUUAGAGGCAGGCCUCGGUUACCACUGCCUUCCGAUUCUGAAGAAGAAUGUAAUGUAGAAGGAGAAGAUGAUGACCAAGAUGUGGAACUGUUGUCAGAUAAAGCAGACCAACCACAUUACUAUGUUCUCGAAAAGGAGGGAGACGUAUAUAUUAAAGAGCCAGUAUAUGCCAUUCCUCACAAGGCAAACCAGAAUGAAAUACCAGCAUCUGUGAGCAGUGAUCUUACUGACAUUUCUACCUACGAUGUAGCGUCUACCACUCUGAUAUAUGAACCAAAACCUACACAAGUUGAAGAACAUACUCGAGUUCACACAUCUCAGGAACAUCAAAUUGUUGAAAAGCAACAGACAAUUCCAGAGUUCAUCCCAGUCCCAGGUUUGAAGAAUACCAUGAUUGUCGAAGAUCCCAGAACACAGUCUGCUGUAACUCAAAAAAAGAAAAAGCUAAAGAGAAAGAUAAUUUCAAAGGUGGCCAAGCAAGCAGAUUUGACAGUUGAAGCUAACCGAGAGCUGACGGAGAUCCGAAAAGAGCUGUUACACGACCUAAAAGAAAGAAAUCAGGCAUUGGCUUCUGAAAAUCAGGUCAUUGCCCAUCAGACUCACAGCUUGACAAAACAGCUGGAAGGGAUGAAGCUUAAAGUGGAACGACUGGAAAAAGAAAAUCAUAAGCAACAAGAAGUUGACAAUAGCCAAGCCAGGGAAGAUGAAAAAGCGGAACUCCAUUUACUUAGGCAGCAUGCUCAGGAACUAGUGGAUGAAAAUGAUGCUUUGAAAAUGACCAUCCAUCGCUUAAAUGUAGAACUUAGCUGCUAUCAAACCAAAUUCAGGCCGAUACAUAACGAGAUAUCCUGUAAUACUGGCCUUCCAGCAUCAGGACCACCACCACCCUGGCUUGUGGACAUGAAAUUCUUGUCACCCCUACUUUUGGCCUAUGAGGACCGGCUACGGGAGAAGGAUGCUGCAUUGCAAGUACAUGAGGAGGAAAUGAAGAAUUUCAGAGCUCGAGUCGAAGAGGUGGUGAGGGAGAAUGAACAGCUUCAUCAACAACAUGAAAGAAAUGGUGCUGUUAGCAGCAAAGCGUGGAAUCAAUUGCAGGAUCAGGCAAAGUUGGUUUUGGAGGAAAACCAAGUCUUGAUGGAGCAGCUAGAGAUACAGCAAGCUAAAGCAAAAAGCAGUCACAGCAGACACAUACAAGAAGUGUCAAAAUUGACUAAACAAUUGAUGCUGCUGGAAUCGGAGAAACAAAGCCAAGAAAAGGAAUUACAUGAUACUCAACAAGAGUUGAACAAACUUUUCUCAAAGUAUGACAAACUUAAAGCAACUCUUGAUGACAGAGUGAGAAUUGAUGAGCAUACUGCAAUGGUGAACGAUCUCAAAGGGAAACUACAGCUGGAACAAGAGAAACACCAUGUAGAAGUGGAGGAAUUGAUGGGAAGAAUUGCAUCUUUGCAAGCUGAAAAGAAGAGCUUACUCCUUGAAAAGACAGAAUUAAUAGCUGACAAUAAGACUUUAGAAGCAGAGCUACAGGUAGCACAGAAGUCAAACAGGCUAGCACAGAAGAAGAUAGGUCUUCUGAAACAGCAAGCUGAAGAGGCCAUGGAGAAAGAAAUAGCAGCUCACCAAUAUCUGGCAAACUUGAUUGGUCUUGCUGAAAAGACCGCCCAUGAACGUGAUCAACUUGUACAUGUAACCAAAAGCCUGACAAAUGAGAAACAUGGAGUUUUAAACAAGAUUGUCGCAGGCAAUGUGCGUUUGGGCAAGUUGGAGGAACAAGUAAAGAUGUACAAAACAAAAGCUGCCAUGAAGCUUGGAGACAUGAACAACCGUAUGAAGGAACAGGAAGAGGAUUUUGCCAGAAGGACUGCUCAGUACCAGCGGGAAAUACGGCGUCUUCAGCAGCUACUGAAGGACAAGCAGGAAACCCUUGAUGGACUGCUUGAACAGCAAAGACAAGUUGAAUCUGAACUUGAAACAGUUUGGGAAUCAACGACACGAGAGAAUCGCCGGAUAAAGGAUCUUUUACGUGCCACUGUACAUAAAAACAAUCUCUUAGAUGCUGCCAGCUUUGAUCGAUCAGAUAUAGAAGGAAACCCUCGCAGGUAUUUAGGCAGCCAAUCAGAUUUCAGAGCAAUCAGCUAUUGUGAUGUAAUACUGUCCUCUGCUAGAAGGAUAGAAGAUAGAAUGACGCAUGAAAAUGACCUGCAGCUAAAUAUUAAUAAACAUUCACCUCAUCGUGUUGCUGAAAGUGGAGAUUGUGCAAUCACGCAGCAAAAAAAGAAAAAGCGCAGAGAAGAAACUGUCAAGAGUCCGAUGUUUGAGUCUGAUUCUGAUCAGCAGCAGAUUGUCUCCUCUGACGAAAGUGACAAAAAUGAGCAUGAUUUCUACUCUUAAAUUUUCAAAUGUGAAUUGUGAUCAUAUUAUUCCUGUAGAUGGUACAAUAUUCACAGAGACUGAUAACUGGAAGUCUGAUUUUUAAAAUUAACAGCUAAAAGAAUGACAUAGCAAGAUUUCAUAUUUUAAAACUACAUUGUAGCCGAAUACUUAAAAAAAACCCUAACACUGUUGUUCUGCGGUGAACAAUUUAUACUUUGAAGUACUUCAAAUGGAACAGAACUCCCCCACUCUGUUCGUAACCCAGGUAACAUCCUUCACAGCGAUACUUUACACAGAACUUUACCAAGACAGUCAGCUUUCCCAGAAUCAAUCCAAAGUGAUGCUUAACUCCUGAGAGUUUAUUCCUGUUCAGUUCUUUUGUCAAACGGGUAAUUUGUAAUCUUAAUCUUCAUCUCAUCUAUACUUAAUGUCUUUUACAAUGAAGUUCUUUUUUCCUGGGAAUACGUCUUCUAGCCCACGCUAGGUGAAUCUGCCAGCCUUGUUUUAACUCCCCCCUUCUCCUGGAUCCAGACAGACCAAAUGUUUUGGGGAAAUCUGUAAUCUGUCCUUCAAUGGCUUCCUUUGCCUUGGUGACUUGAAUCAUAUGGGGCCUUGUAUCUGCAUUGAAAUACUUAAUAUCUACCCUUCAGAGCCUUAACAUUCUAUCAGUUUGAAGUAGAUUGAUAGUUUAAAUCACAAUUGUUCAUAACGAGACAUUCUCAACACUUUUUUCUGGAACUUUCAAGGUUCUUAAUUGUCGUUGUUAACACACAGGCUGUUGCCAGCCUCCAAGCGUAAAUAUUCUGUGCCUUCUUCCCAGUAAAACAAUCUAAACCUUCCUUUGAUAUUUUAGGAUUGAAACCACUCAAGCUUAUUGCCAGACAGACAUUAGAACAGGUCACAUAGCUUCCUUCAUUUUACAAUUAAAUUUAACGGCAGAAUUUGAAAAUAUAAUAAUCUUAUACAUACAUUGUAACAAUAUAUGUUUUUCUUGUCUGCUUGUUGAAAUUGACAUGUUUAUGUACUGAAAAACUGUUUUUAGUUACUUCAUAUUAACCAUUUUGAAAAAAAACAUAAUUUAAAGAUGCAUACUUUUGUUCACUUUAUUUACAUUAUAAUGGUAUGCAUUCCUGAAUACAUCUUGCCACCUUUGGUUAAAAUUAUCCAGAUUUUCACAAUUUGUUUGGAUUUUUGAAUCUCAGGCAUUUGGUUUUCCCUUAAAAUUUGAUUUAAUUAGGUGUCUUAUUUCCUGGAGAAAACUAUUUAAAUGAAAUUGUCACUUUACUUAAUUUUUAAGUAGAAAGUAGUUAUCCUUAAUCUUUUAAUACAAUGGUUUCCUGCUGAGACAAUUACAUAAUGCCAAGGGACGUUACUUCAUUGGCAAAAAGCACACACGUUUUGGAAUAUUUGUGGUUUGUUGAGUUUUACAGGGGUGAAGUGGAAAGGAAUAGUUGGAAUUUUAUACUAGUGUUUUUGUGUGCAGGGAUGGGAAUUUUACAUCAAAAAAAAUUUUUCUUUAGGAUUGCUGACAGAUGAGUAUACUGGGAAUUGUCAGUGAAUUGCAUAAUUCAUCUAUAAACAUCUUUAUAGUGCAAUGUGAAUGUACCUUCAAAAUGAAGUGAAUACAAUAUAUUAGAUGAGAAAAUGUUUAUUAAUAGGUGUUUAGUACCUUCAACACUAACUAAGGAGAAACUGUUGAUUUAUGCAGCACCUUGAGUUCGUACUUAAUAAUGGAUUUGUUGAUUUUUUUUAAGAAGACUUGGGUAAAUUAAAUUUGCCAAACCAGAUUGUGAAUAUUUUGCUUAGGUGGUCCAUCAAAUUUGUGACAUAUCAAUAAUGGAAGAACAUAACAGUAGGAAAAACAUUUGCAGUAAACAAUCAAUAAAUCAAAUACUAGGUAAAUAGGUUGAAAUUUGGGUUAAGCAGAGCUUUGUGAUAGCAGCAGAGGCACACAUUGUGUAUCAGUGUAAACCGUUAUGCCUACAAAUGUCUAUUUGAAAUGUUAUAUAUUGAACCCCUGCUACAAUGCAUUAAAUACCUCCCUAAUCUGGUGGUGUGUGAUGAAAAAAGUACAAAAAUGUUACUUAUUCUAUACUUGCUCAUUUUGCAUGUCACUUCGAAGAGACAUCUUCAUAAUGUAAAAUGAUGGCCUGUCCAGCAUUUCAUACGUGAGUUCACUCAGUCCAAGUCACUACCUCUAAUUGGUCGAUAUGGUCAUAUGACAUCUGACAGCAGUACUAGGCUUGUUUUGGCAUGUAAGCAUUUCUAAUGCAAAGGAUUUGAGCAAUGUUUACCAUGCUGAUGCUGAAACAUGGGUUUGGCUAAAGUGGCCAGCCACUGCAGAAUUACACUUAAUCAUGGGCAUUGUUUUAACUGAUUUGCUAUAUGAAUGAUUGAUAACUUUUACACAGUACAAUUUUAUGCCGAUCAACUCAUCAAGAUUGGGCUGUAUUUAAAUGCUUAGCAAAUAAAAGGAUCAAACAUUUGACAGUAAAAUAACUCUUUUGCAAAUAACAUUUGAAAAUCAAUGCAUAAUGUUCUGUUAAUGUUAACUGUAUUUUGUAUUAUUUCCACUACAUCUUCGAUCAAUAUCUUUCCUGAUUCAUGUUCCAAAUGGUGGCAGAUUAUAUCUCGGUUAGACAAGCAUAUACUGGUCCCCACUAAUUUUAAGGAUAGUUGGCGGCUGUUUGAAAUUAGAGGUGUGUCAACUUCCAUCCAUAUUUUACAGCAGGCCUCUGUUUCAGUUUCUCCCAAGGAACUGGCCAUCCCUUUCUACCAAAGAAAUUGUAAAGCAAAUUUUCUUAUCUAAUUCUCCUACUGUGGAGCCAGAGGAAUAUUUGUUUGGUGUUACUCUAAAUUAUUCCUGGUCCAUCUAGCAAUCCUCAAUCACUUGGAAUUUGGGUUAUAAAACCAGUGUGUAAUUUCCCAUACCAAGUUCAAUUCUCUGUUUUUCACUGACCAAUGGAAACAAUCUUUUACUAUUUAUUGACAAAGUCCAGGGUCCAUUGCGAGCUACAGGUUACUGGGGUUUCUCUUGCAUUAAGUGUGGCUAAAUUGUGGAGUACUUGACUGUUGUGAUUGAUUUAAAGUUUUAUUAUUGUUGCACCAUGCAGUUACCAGGGUUAAAGGAGGUGAAUGAGAUUUUUAUCUAAUUAUUCAUGUUAUGUUCUCUGCUCUCUCCCCAUAAGUGUUUCAUCCCUGCUGUUCUUAUCUUCAAAACCCCAACAAAAAAUUAGUCCAAUUCUUACACUUGACUCACUUUUUUGAUUCUGUACUUUUUAAUCUGUUUCUGAUUCCCGUCAGCAUUUCCAUAUAAUGGUGUUAUGCAAAUACACGUGUUGAUUUUUAUUUGAAUCUUUAAUGAAAGAAGC